AUGCAAAGUGAGGUCGAGUUACUGCUGCGCUCUGGCGGUGCGGCAAAGGCGGACUACGACACCACCGGGCUGCGGCCCCAAGGUCUGUGUCCGACGCCGGUCGAACGCGCCGCCAUUGAAAAGGUUCUUAGCGCCACAGAAGAGCGGCGAAAGCGUGAGUCUAAAUUUUUGUACGGCGCUCUUAUAUUUUGUUUUGUGUUUAUGAUUGUGGAAUUUGCUUGCGGCGUCUUUGCCCACUCAUUGGCGCUCCUGACGGAUGCCUCGCAUCUGCUGAUUGAUGUGGGGGCAUACGCUUUGAGCAUCAUGAGCCUCAAGGCGGCAUCCAGGGCGUUGUGUGGGAAGUACAACUACGGCUGGCACCGCGCGGAGGUGAUUGGAACACUUGUUUCCGUCUUCUCUAUCUGGGCGCUGGUAGUGUGGAUCGUGAUUGAGGGCAUGACAAGGACCUGGAACGUCGUGUCCUGUAGCCGCAUGCCGGCAGCGGUAGCCGCCAUAACGCAGCAGCGUGGGGGCUCAGGCGGAGAAGUUGUGGCGGACGCCGUGCUGGCUUCCUCGAGGAGGUGCGAGGAGAUCAACUCGCCCAUCAUGAUGCUCAUCGGAGUGCUGGGGAUGUUGGUAAACAUUGUGUGUGCGGCCAUCCUUUACUGCGGUGGCUCGCACGGGCACAGCCACUUCGGGGGGCAUGGGCACAGCCACAGUCACGGGGAGGUGACGAAUUGUGAGAGCGAUUUGGAGAUUAGCAUUAACGGCCACACGAAAGAUCAUUCCGGUCAUCAUCAUACCAAUGAUGAUGAUGACUGUGGCCAUGGAAACAGUGAUGAAAAGGAGGGACAUGACUACGAUCACAACCAUGUCGAAAAGAAAAAGAGCAAAAAGGGCUUUGCCCUUCACGCCGCGCUGCUUCAUGCUUUGGGCGAUUGUGUGCAGUCCGCUGGGGUAAUAUUUGCGGGUGUGUUCAUUUACUUUGCCAAUAAGCAUGCCUUUGGUGUCCCUUCUUAUCAGUACUCUAUUUACAACAUUGCAGAUCCACUUUGCUCGUUGUUUUUUGCUGUUGUUACACUCAACAUGACAAGGCCACUUCUCGGUGAUCUUUUUGGUAUUCUCAUGGAGAGCACACCACCAGGUAUUGAUUACCUUGCCCUUAACCAAGCUUUACUGAGCAUUGAGGGCGUCGUCAGUGUACAUGAUCUCCAUAUAUGGUCUCUGUCUUCGGACUAUGUUGCACUUUCCGUCCAUCUUGUUGCAGACGACGCCGCAAAGGCAUUGCGUAAGGCGCAGUAUGUAUGUGAGGUCCUUUUUGGAAUUAGACAUACAACCAUUCAGGUGGAUGCGGUGGCAAAUGGGGCGGAUCUGUGCCAGGGAUCGUGCGCGAGCCCAAACUGCGGGAAGGAAUACCAGACGAUAACUUAG